GUAUGAAGUUUGUUGAUGGCUGGCAACGAACACUUUACCUUGAGCAUGCUUUUUUAUUUAGAUAUUUAUGGAUAAGUGGGCUUAUUGUUAUUGCAUUUAAUGCAGACAGGUUCUAUGCAUUUAUUAUUAUUUUUUAGUUAAAAAAAAAUAUCACAAAUACUGUUUUGUUUUGAAAAAAACCCACACCAGCAAAACAAAACAUGCAAAAGCUGAACCAAAAAGAUUUAUUGAAACUUCUUGAUGCCCCGGAAAUUCACCUUGCAGAUGGUCCACGCACACUAGCAAAAACUUUAGCCUCUGGACCAAAAAAUAACAGACUGAAAUUAAUCCGAGAAAAUGAUAACAGUGAAAAAGCUACAAUUGCAGCCGCUAUUGAAAUACAGAGAGUCUGGAGAGGAUUUAGGAUACGAUUAAAUAUUGCAAAGACGAAGGGGAUGAUCGUGAGUACGACUGCGGUGUAUGGUAACAGCACCAUUACAGCAGAUAGAGAUAAGGCUCUUGAAGAGUUUGGUGAUCCCUUAAACAGGCAUGAUCAGCAAGACGGAAAAUCUGACUACUCUGAUAAUGUUGAAGAUGAUAAACAUUCAGACCAUGAAUCUAAGAAAGAACCUGUGACUCUUGAAGACAGUGUUCCGGAUUUCAUUGAUGCUUCAGAUAAGGUGGAAGACGUAAUGGAGUUGAGUUCACAUGCAGCUGAAGGGACGAGGACCGACAGGUCAGUGGAUCCACUCUCGAAGACGGACGCGGUCAUCAUUAUACAGCGGUCCUGGAGGCGACACAUUGAUAUUCAAGUCUACAGAUACUACCGUGAUCUGAUCAACUUCAAGACUCGUGGCGACCCCAUGUUGAUGCUGCGGUGUAUUAACCCUAACGAGGCCAAACUACUUGACCCAGCCGCAGGGAUUCACAUAAGAUUCCGAUUAGCUGGGCAAAGAUUUCCUCCCAUGACAUUUAGACUACUGUAUGUGUUUAAACAAACGACAACCAAAGACACUCACAGCAAGAAAAGACAAGUGGUCGACCCCACAAGUACAGAAGGCUGGUACCAGAGGAUUGAUAACAAUGGGUGGAGACUCGUCUCGGACAGACUCAUAAGUCACAUCAUGUCCGACACGGUCACCUGGGAAACAUCACAGAAGAAAUACGACUUUCAUCAUGACAGGCUGCAAAGAAAACAAGAUGUGGACAGGAGAAGAAAACAGAAGAAAAUAAACUGGAUGAAAAAGAUGUACAAAGAUGGGAUGUUGAAGGCGCGGUCUAAGGACAUGGAGACGGUCAAGUUGAUAGAGGGAGCGGCGGCCGGGAUGGUGGCCACGGUGGAUAAUCUUGGACCUGAGGCUCUCGAGGAGUGGGAGGUGGAUGAGCUACUCGAGUGGACGACCAGUCUCAACUUUGAUGAUUACUUGGUAGCAUGGAAGGAUAUUGCUACAAGUUCCAACUCCGAGAAGAAGAUCGUUGAUCGACUACAAGUUAUGACAAGCAGCAUGGAUCCUUACGAGAUGACAUUAUCAACCGGUCCAUCCAGGUUCCAGUCAACUCGCCAGUCCCACAAUACACCGGUGUCGAGCAGUGUGAGUAACAAGCAUUGGGUAACAGUCGGCUGAUGUACCGUUUUCCAAACAACUGUGUCUUAAUAAUGUGUGUUCCUGAUUGUGAUGAUGUGGACCUUCUGUGAUAAAACUAUUUUUUUCUCUCAAUAUGUGUGGACUAUGAAAGAAAUUAUGAAGACAAAAUAAUAGUUUUUAAUUACUAAUCUGCUGAGAAAUAUAUAGCAGUAUUGAAUACGAAUCGCAGAAAUUUGUUCAGGUGAAGAUUUGAACCAGUGAUCAUUAGAACUUUUCACAACUGCUAUACAUUCAAGAAGACUUUUAAUAGUAUUGUUUUAUAGAAAAUGCUUUCUGCUACGAUUGUGGUCUCAGUUUUAAGUUUUCAGGGGUGGGAAUUCUCCUUGGAUCAGCUGUUUUCCUCUCAUGGAACAUUGCGUUUAUUCGCAUUUUAAUUGUCCUUUCCUCCAAAAUAUGUCAGAUGGCACAGAUUUUAACCUAGGAUUUCAAGAAUUUCCAGGAUCCCUAAAGAUUUCCUCUUUUUUACAGUUCAUCAGUUCCCACCCCUGGUUUUUGAAUAUAUUUAUGUAACAUUUGCAUUUUUUUUAAUAACUACUCAAGUAAUAAAAUUUAGAUUUAUUAUACAGUGUAUAAUGUUUUUAUUUGUAAAAUUAAAUGAAUAUUAAAUUACUGAUUUUAAAAA